UUUACCUGCGACUGCACUCGGUCGACUUUGUCGCGGACUUCGAACAAAUAAAACAGCAGAGCUUCUAAAAGGAACGGUGAAACGUUUGGAAGGGAAAGUUUCCAACCACUCCCAGCCAUCCGACAUGGUGCCCACGUGCCCAAGACCAGACUUGGAGGCCAUCUCCCACACAUCACGCAGUCAAACACAGCUCAGACACACAUCCCUAACUCAUUGAUAACUUCCCCUGAUCAUCAACCCACAUCACCAUUAUGCUUUGUCACCUCUAACCUCUCACUGCUUACAGAAGUGGUCUCUGGUACCGCGCAUACAGCAAAUAUUAUGAGCAAAACUACACCACGUUGCACUCGGCCAAUGGAGUCGAGUCCAUGCCCACCCAUCACCAACCGGUAGAACAAUAGGACCACAUAAACUGUAAUCUCUCAUUUGCAAUAGUCCUCUAAAGACAAACGUCACUCCUUCCUUCAUUUGUUACACAGUAUUUCAUCAUCUUUGUUGUUGACCAUGUCGUCUUCUUUUGAAGAGUUUGAUGAUGAUCAGGAGCAUGAUGAUAGUAUGGAUGACACGGAUUUGGAGGCCACUCUGGAGUUGCAGCAGAAAUCGCUGGAAGUCCUGUUGAACUACAGCAGUGUGGUUGUGAGUAAAGACGGAGAACCAGCCAACGAGUUGGCGGCCAUUGCUCGUUCCUACGAAGACUUGGGUCGACUCCACGAGCAACAAGGGAAUCCAAGAGGUGCUCUUCGCAACUAUCGACUCGCCUUGGAAUACCACGAAAGCUCGCCAUCCAAGCAGACGGACGACGAUAUGGAGAUUGACGACGAGGUUUCACCACGCGACUCUCCUACUACAAGAGACAUGAUACAGCUCUAUCGGUCGGUUGCUCGCGUCCAGUUCCGACACUUUUUCCAACACGAAAAGGCGCAAGUGGCUAUUCAAAAGGCCAUUGAUUUGGCCGUUACUGCUAGCACCACGAAGAAGGAUGAUGAUGCUGUGUCUCGAAAGGAAUUGGCAAGUCUCAAUCAGGACAUGGCGCACCUAUUGACAAGUCAGGGAGACUUUGACGGAGCUUUGACAGCUCUCAAGCCACUGUUGGAUUCUACGAAUGACGACGAUGAGGUACUAACCACCCUUGCCAUUCAAGAACAAAUGGCGGAUAUUCUAUUCAGCAAGGGAGAUUUCAAAGGGGCGGAAAAGGAAUAUCUCAAAAUCAUUGAAGCCAGAGAAAAUGGUUUGGGCAAGGGCAGUGGUACCAUAGACAACAAUGAGGACAAUCAAGAUGUGCUGCGCCGUCUCUACCGAGCCAUGGGCUGUCUCUUGUACAAGAAGAAAGAUGACAAUCGUGGGGAUCAGUACUUUCAAAAGGCGGCCACGUUGACCACUUAUCAGCCACUCUUUGUGGCUGAAACCACCACUGGUUUACGAACCAUGGCUGCGUGAGUGAAGAACGCUCUACUUCAAGGCAAUCAAUCAAUGCAUAUUACAUCAGAGCAGGAAGCAACGACCCAAGACACACCGCUGCACCGAACAGACAGGCGCCUCCGAUUUCAAAAGCAAACGUGACGCUGGUUUGAUGCUCAAUAGCAAGCUAUUGGUGGUGCCUGUACAUGUAGGAUAGAUGCAUACACGAUAACACGACAUUCAUAAUUCGUACGUAGCCAGCCAGUUCCUAAAUUC